AUGGUGGGAGUGGAUCGGCACGGAUUCCCGGGGGAUCCCGAGAAUCCUGCUCCUCCCCUUCCCGCCUGGGGCCACGGCUCUUACUCAUCUCCUUCCCAGACAGCCCAGCCGGCCUGGAAAGCUCUGCUCUGCAAGCAGCGCCUGCGGCCCCUGGUUGCCUGCCACGGAUUCCCGGGAGGGUGCUGCCAGAAAGACCUGGAAACUAGUCAAGACACACACUCACCUAUUGUGGCUAUGCCCUACCCUUUCACCAGCCUCCUCCUCCUUGUUGUGCCCCUUUCCCAGGCUGCAAACCAGUCCCCACUGCCCCUUGGCUCCCUGCCUGCUGUCCCUACCCUGCCCCUCCUGCAGGCCCUGCGAAUGCGGGCUCCAGGCAGCCCAGGCUGGCAAGUGGGGCCAGCAAGUGGGCAGCCCCUGCGCUACAUGCUGAAUCUGUACCGGCGUGCUGCUGACCGCGAAGGCCGACCUCGCCGCAGCCGCAGCUUGGGCACCAACACCAUCCGCCUGGUCCAGGCCAGUUCCCAUGGGGGUCAGCCCUGGGCAGGUCGCUGGUACUUGCAGGUCCUCACCUACCAUCUGGAGGGCCAGCCAGAGGCCGAGCACCUCCUCAGAGCCACUGUGGUCUACCUGCCCAGUCUGUCACUGGCCCAUGGUCAUCUCCUCUGUGCUCUGGAGCUGGUGGUGGCUGGUGAGGCGCCCAGGGUGCUGCUCAGCCCUACUGCCCGUCCUCGUCAUGGCUGGGCUGAAGUUGACAUCACCCCUUACUUGGCGCUGGGGAACAGCAGCGUGGGGAGCCUGGCACUGCGGCAUGUCUGUGUGCGUGCUGGCCGAGCAGGAGGCCAUGAUGCCCCAGUGGCCCCUGGCCAUCCUUUCCUCCUUCUCUACCUUAACGAUACCCAGGCAGGGUUGGCACCUCCGGCAGCAGAGCCCCACCGACACCAAUGUGAUACAGGGAUGUUGGCUCAUGACCUGCCCAACUACCUGCGGGAGCAGGGAGGGGAGAAGAGUGACUGUUCCCUCCACUCCUUCCCUGUCAGUUUUGCACAGCUGGGCUGGAACCCCUGGAUCAUUGCUCCUCACCGCUACAACCUGCGCUACUGCAAAGGCACCUGUCCCCACCUGCUUCGCUAUGACUACCAUGCACCCAACCAUGCUGUGGUGCAGAGCUUUGUUCAUCAGCUUGUGGACGCCAAUGUGCCCUGGCCCUCCCGUGUGCCCUACCGCUACAGCCCCAUCAGUGUCCUCAUGAUUGAGCGCAGUGGAGCCAUACUGUACAAGGAGUACGAGAAUAUGAUUGCGGAGUCCUGCACUUGCCGGUUAUUUCCACUGCCCCAGCACAGCACCCCUGGGCUCUGCCUCUUCCUGCAGAUCUGGACUUUAGGGUUUAUCUUGCUCUGUCUGGGGCUCACUUGGCUCAUCUCCCUUCCCCAUGCAGUGCUGCUCAGUGGGGAGGUUUUACAAUGA